UUUACCUCCCAGCCGGCGCCGCCUCCCUUUCUUCUUCCUUCCUCUUCUCAGCUUCUUCCCCACGGCCACAAUGAAUCAUAUCCGGGCGUUUCUUUCCGCCGGCAGUGCCUGCCUCCGACGUGCGCGGCCAACCAACGCGACGGAGGGCGCACAAUUCUCCGUCGCCAGAUGGCUGAUCGACGGGAAGGUUAGCGUCCGCAACGGCGGCGCCGAGGUAACGUACCCUAGGCUGCGCCUUUCGCCGGCUGCGGCGGAGGCGGACGGCUGGGGAGUCGCCGAGGUGGAAAUCCGCCAGCCCGACGGGACGUUCGCGACGUCCAAGUUCCACGUGGAGAUCCUGACCCGUUGCAGCGAUGCUCCCGGCAAAGCGGUCAUGGUUUCCAAGGAGCAAAUCGACGAAGUGGUCGCUGUGCAGAAAAGAGUGUUUGAUCAGCAGAAGGAAAUUGAGCUGUUCUGUAAAGAUGCGCAGGGUAAAUUGGCUGCUGUUCUGGAGGAUGCAGACUUAACCCAACUCGGCGAAAAGAAGUCAGAUGCAUCACCAUGAAAAGGAUCAAGUGAUGUAGCAGCUCACUUGGUAGUGAUUGCGAGUACCGAGUUACUGAUCGUGUCGAUGUUAGUAUAAUCGUUUAUUUUUGUAUAGCAGAUGUAGCUCAAUUGGUAGAGUUUGUGAUUACUACGAACUGAUUAUGUCGGUAAUGUUGCGUGUGUGAAGUUGUGCGUAGUCUCGUGUGGAUGUAGCUCUGUUAGUCGAGAACUUGUGAUUGCGAGUUGGAUGUCUAAUUGUUCAGUAUGGUAAUGGUAAUCUCCUAUAUCUUUGUUCGUGAACAUACUGUGCAAUGGUUACGGUAGCUCGAAUUGUCGAACUCUGCAAGUCCUCUGUUUUCUUUUCCUUUUCCUUUCAGGAUUCUUUCCGCCUGUCUUCUGGUUUUUCCAUGUCCUGGAGGGACUAAUACAAGCGGAUAACUUGAUAAAUUGGAAUGUGUGCUUUGCUUGCUACUCUGUUCUUUUGUGCAUUAUUCAGUUUUCGGUAAUCUUGUGGGGAGGAUCAGCUCGGAUCGCUUAGUCCAUCUAACUAUCAGUCACCGAUUUCUUCUUCUCGAUCGUUUCCCUAAUUCUGGUCGGCGAUUUCUUUCGCAAUGGGUCUGCUCAUCAGCUCCUUGUCAACCAUUGGUAAGAAAGAGGAAUUUAUUCUCUGUGUGGUAAUUAUGUCACUAUUCUGAUCUGUCUUCCUGGGCUUGAUUUUCAUUCCAGGUGGUAAGCAACUUGUGCCGGCUUGGACUGCUGUCGAUGCAGAGGAAUCGAGUAUGGAGCAUGAUCAGAUUCUGAGAUAUGCACUGGAUUCUAAGCUCUCACCAGAGGAGGUACUGUUUCGAGACGCGAAGAAGAGGAGGAUCUUGAGACGGAAGGAUCUGCUAGAACUUGUUGGGGGAUCUAGGGUGCUGAUUACGACGUGUGACCUCUACAUCGACCACAUAAACAAGAGCUCGCUAGCAUCUAAAGGGCACUUCAAGAAGUUCAUCUUCUGGACCACCCUUACGGAGAUUGAGAAUGAAGAUGGCGGCAGUAAGAAGGAUGGCGAUAUUGGUAAUCACUCGUUCCAAGCAAGUGAAAAGCAUUUGCCGAGCAGCUUCUACUUGCCAUUACCAGAGGGGAAGAUCAAUGAUGCCCACAAAUGUGAGCUUUGGUGCAUCCCCAUGUCGUAUCGAGGGCAUGCCAGGGCAAUCGUCAUAAACAUCAAGGAGGCUUGCUACGAGUAUCUAGACAGCGGCGGACCUGACAAGGAGGCAGAAUUCUCGACAAUGGACGACGACUUACCUGCCAGAAUCUUGGAAAGGGCAACCAUGUACAUCAAUUGCAUGCGACGUGGAGAAGGCCACAUGAUAAUAGACUUCUCCAAGUUCGAGCUGACAUUCCCUCCAGUGCCCAGCCAGCCUCCCGGCUCCCUGGCUUGCGCGAUCUACACGCUGCGGUUCCUGGAGGAGUGGGAUGUCGACGAUGGCGGAGUGGAUCGUCGUCUGCUGCGCAAGUUCGAAGGUUGGGACGAGGAGUCGUGGCAUGUCGAGGAGAGGAUGAAGAUUUGUACAUCCAUUCUGACGGAUCAAGACUCCAAUGACAUUCUUGAAGAGGUCAAACAAAGGGCGCAAGAAUGGCAAACAACUAAAAGAAGGAAACUACUCAUCUUCUUCCUUUUUCUUUUCUUUUCCCCAGUUCUGAUCGACAAACUAACUCUCGUCCGAGCUAAUUUCCGUUCUUCCUCGUGGUCAUUCUUCCGCUAAUGGUUAGAUGCUUGUAUUCAUAUAAAAAAAGUGGAGAGUCUACAAGAAGUGGACUAGUUUCACGAAAUCUUUGCAGCGCCUCUGCAUAUACACGCUAAAUAUGUUAAUUUUUGUUCUAGU